CUCUAGGCCUACCUGUAGGUGACUCUGAGGUCCGGAAUCCUCCCUAUGGUCUUUAAAAACGCCAGGACGUGAGCGCCGGACUGUGUCGGGUUCACUGUCUCUGUGUCACGCGCGUAACGUCAGGGUGUGGCAGGGACCUCACAACAGGAGAGGGGAAACGCCGACAAUCGGACAAUUUCAGAACAUUUUUGGACAAAUUGGAUGUGGUUUACUUUUAUUUGUGAAAAAAAUAGUCAAUUUCGUUGUUUUAGGAGUACAUGUGCUUAAUGAACGUGUGAUUUUAACACUAUGACAAUCUCCCAGAUCCUCACCGUGAGCUUUUUAGCGUGUGUCCACGUGUGUGUAACUAAGGAACAGAUAAUAUACACUUGCCAAAUUGGCUGGACAAAUCUCGGCUCAAAAUGUUACAAACUGUUCGGUUCAGAAACCACCUCAACACAAACAUGGCAAAGAGCGUCAACAACCUGUAAAGGGUAUGGCUCCCGCCUGGUGGAAAUAAAGGACUAUGAUAUCAGGACAAAAGUGGGCAAACUUGCAAAUGACAGCGAUGUGCAGAUGUUUUGGACAGGACUCAAUAGACUGGGAGUUUCCAAUUCUGAUACAUACACAGCCAAGUGGAAUGAUGACACAGCCUCACUGUACGAAGGCCUAUGGAAUACCCGUAACCCGCUGGUCUCCUCCGGAAGAUGCUCUUAUUCCACGAAGAAAGGAAAUGAAUUUGUUGACAAUCUUGGAAAAUGUGACCAAAAAAUGGCAUUUGUUUGUGAGAGAAUGUCCUGCCCAACAAAUAAUUUCCACUGUGCCAAUGGUGCUUGUAUAAAUAAUCAGUGGAUGUGUGAUGGUGUGGACGACUGUGGGGACAACUCUGACGAAGCUGACUGCUCAAGCAGAUGUACGUACAAAUAUGAAGCAGAUUCUGGUGCAAUACAGACUCAACUCUACCCGGGACUGUAUGCAGAGUCAAGUUCGUGUAUGUGGACCAUUAUUGGAUCGGCGGGGUGUAAUGUUUUCCUCAAGUUUAACUUUUUUGACACGGAGAAGCAUCGAGAUAUUGUCGAUGUUUUAGUUGGUGGGAUGACAGAGAAAACCUCCAUGUACCGUGCAAGUCUGUCAGGCUCCAUGGCUAACGCUCAGUACCGCAGUCACAAUCGUUACAUGAUAGUGAAGUUCCGGUCUGAUAAUGACAUUCAAAAAACAGGAUUUAGUGCUGAAUUCUCCAGUUUGUGUGAUGGCCUUGCCGUGGUAAACACUGUACAGGCUGAAGGAUCUGUAAAAGUUCUACAGCCGCCCCUAUUCCCGACAGACAUUGGCACGGCCAGGCUCAGUAACACUGACACCGUGUGGGUGAUAACUGCCGCUGAAAGGAGAAAGAUCAUCACCAUCAAGAGAGACAUGAUUGACCUGGGAAAGGGAGACACCCUGACCAUCCGUGAUGGAAACUCAGCUACAGCAGAAAUGCUGGCCAUGUAUACUUAUGAAAAUAAUGACAAUGCCAUGGAAAAUCCCAAUUCUGACACUCUCUCGGGAGGCCCUCAGUUUGUGUUCUCUACUGACCACCAGAUGUACAUCAUCCUCAGCACUAAAGAUGCUGUGACCGGCAUUGGCUUUAGGUUGAGUGUCUGGCAAGGUUGUGAUGUCACUAUGAACAAGGCGUAUGGAGAAAUAUUCUCGCCUGGUUUCUUGUAUGGAUUGAAUUAUGCUAAUUUCCAAACCUGUACGUGGUCCAUAAGUUCACCUGUAACUGACAGAGGUGUGACACUCUUCGUGGAUGAUGGUUCAGCCUUGGGCAGUAACGAUUUCCUGGAGAUUUUCGUGAACAUGAAUGAUGAUAUUGGGACAAGUGUCCAUAACAAUGUCACACAACCAAAAGGGUUUGAUAGUACCAACCUUCCAUUGGGGACACCGAUACACUCUCGUAAUGGACAGCUCUUCGUCAGGUUUACUACCAACGCCAUACUCUCAGGAAAAGGAUUCCAUGCCCGUUUUUCUGUUGACUGUCCUAACCCUAACUUCAAUGAGAACUAUACAUCGCUAUCUGGAUCCAAGAACUGGUGGUACAAUGAUGUAGAAGUGAUCACGUGUAAGGAUGGUAACACAUUCACCGACCAGGCGUUCCAGGGCGACUCUUCAAUAUCAAUGACUUGUCAGUUUAGAGGAACAUGGAAUACAGGGACCGUACCUCACUGUCUGCCUGUUUAUUGUGGAAUGCCAUCAUCUGUCACUAACGGAUAUGUUGUUAGAAGUAAUGGAGUAACACACAACUCAUACGCUACUUACGAGUGCUAUCCGGGGUUCACCUUACGUGGGAGUGAGAAUGUCACAUGUACUUCCACAGGCCAGUGGACAGUUUCUCCAACUUGUCAAGGUGCAGUGUGCCCUCCGAGGACAACUUUAGCAUUUGGAAUAGAAAACAUUACCCGGGGAGUUGACCGACAGUAUGGAGCCAUUGUGAAUUAUGAAUGUGAUCCAGGAUAUGAGAUUGUCGGUAAACCAAUCAUCAUUUGUCAGUCCAAUAGUCAGUGGUCUGGUCACGUACCUACCUGUACAAAACUUUCCUGUACGACCCCCGAGAUAAAGAAUGCUCUUCCGUUAUCUACAAGCCUGGAGAUUGGAACUGCAUUGACAGUAGGAUGCAGACCUGGGUAUGCAUUUGCAGAUAAUAGAACGGUGAAGAUAACAACAUGCUUGCCAAGCCUGACAUUAAGUCCAGAUAUCGGGCACUGUUUAAAUGUUGAUGAGUGUGCUGGCGGUCAUAAUUGUGCCCACAAAUGUUUGGACAAUGAAGGGAGCUACAGCUGUGCUUGCAAUGAUGGAUACAAACUCGACUUAAAUGGUUUCACCUGUUCAGGUAUGGUUUACGAUGGAUACAAACUCGACUUAAAUGGUUUCACCUGUUCAGGUAUGGUUUACGAUGGAUACAAACUCGACUUAAAUGGUUUCACCUGUUCAGGUAUGGUUUACGAUGGAUACAAACUCGACUUAAAUGGUUUCACCUGUUCAGACAUCAACGAGUGUGAUAUAGACAACGGUGGGUGUAGUCAGAAAUGUAACGACGUUACGGGAGGCUACGUCUGUUCGUGUGACCAGCCAGGAUAUGUGCUGUUCUCCGAAAAUGGCAUAUCAGGUUAUUCCAUCCAAGACACUGAGACAGGGUUGCUUCCUGGGGAUGUAUACCGCCUCAAUCACACCUGUGUCCUUGUGGCAUGUGCUACUCCAUCCACUGUGGCCAACGGUCAGCUGAUGACCAGAAGGACGACUCACCGUUUUGGAGACAAGAUUCGCUACUUUUGCGACAUAGGGUAUGAGAUCAGUGGAUUGGAUGAGUUGACUUGUACCUCUAGUGGACAGUGGCUAUCUGCAUUUCCUUCCUGCAAUGUGGCAACCUGCUCUCCUGCUGACUUAAAUGGAAUUGUAAACAUACCGAGCACUAACAGCUCUAACCGGCUGAACUAUGGAGAGGUUCUUGCGAUGACAUGUUCUUUGAAUUUGCCAAAUACUUACACGUCAUCACGAAAGUGUCUGUAUGACUUUACCAACAGCCGCUAUACAUUGGUUGGUGCUCCGUAUGAAUGUCCAGUUAUAGAUUGUGGUACCCCAGACCAAGUAGCUGGCUCUAACUAUGUGGUGGGGAACACUGUCUAUGGGAGUUCCUUCCGCUUCACCUGCUCACCACUGCAGGUUCUGGAUGGCCUUAGUGAGAAUAGAGAUACAAAUGUCAGGUGUAAGGCGGAUGGGAAGUGGGAUUUCGGGAGUCUCCAGUGUGUUGGACAAACAUGUGAUGACCCUGGUAGCAUAGCAGGAGGGAUGCAAAACUCCACUAGCUAUCAACAGAAUGCUGUAGUAAGAUUCCAUUGUUUACGUUAUGGAUACCAACUGAACAAGAACCUUGGCACUAAGUGUAUCCUCAGUCCUGGCGGUGGCAGUCUCCAGUGGGAUGACCCUGUUCUACCCAUUUGUGAAGAUACUAUGAAGCCACAGAAACAGUUCUGCCCCUCCAUCCAGACUGCUGACCCCUACAAAAGAGUAACAUUGAUGCAGCCUACAUUUAUAGACAACACUGGUUUUCGUUCUAUUACCAUUUCCCCCAUCAACGGCAAUACCUCCCUGGUGUUAAACAGAUUUACAGGCAGCCAGAAUGUUGUCUAUACCGCAACAGACUUCGCCGGUAAUACUGAAACCUGUGACAUCACUGUGUCAGUAAAUGAUAUUGUAAAACCGUUGGUGAUAUGUCCUGCCUCCCGUACAGAGUACGUGGCAGAUCAAACCUCUUCUCGGAUGGAGGUUACUGUAAGUAAGGAUGCUAUAUCAAGGUCUGAUAAUGUUAAUGUGACGAACGUUAUCAUCAAUCCUACAAGUUUGCUUGUGAGUGCCAGUAACCUCGGCAGUAACAUUGUCGCCGUCAUCGUACAGGAUGCUGCUAACAACAAUGCCCAGUGUCACUUUGACAUCACAGUCAAAAUUGCACCCUGCUCACCUUUGGCACUGUCCACACCGCUGUAUGGAAAUAAGAGUUGUUCUGUGGCUGCCUUUGGUUACACCUGUACCCUCACCUGUCAGCCUGGCUAUGUCUUCUACGAACAGACCACUGAUACUCAAACCCUGCAGUGCACUACAGGAAAUGCCUGGAUCCCCGCCGCUGUCCCUGCAUGCGUCCCAGUGGCAACAUCCAAUUUAGCCCGAUUCCAGUCCAAAGUGAGCGUUACUUAUGAUAAUAUAACAGGACUGUCGACAUGUCUGGAUGAGUACAGACGAUUUGUCCGUAACUCCGCUGAUCAACAGGCUACUACACUUGGUUCAGCCUGUAAUGCGAUUAACCCUGUCAACCCGAUCACGUUUACCAUCCCAACAGAUCUGAUUGAGUUCUCAACACUGGGUACACAGUUGAUUGUUGCGUUCACGUUGGUGUUUUCACCUCUAACUGCAUCUGAAGGAACCCUACAGCAAUGUGCCAAUAUCCAGGCUAACAAUUUUGAGGCAAUUACAUAUGGAUUCCAACCGCUGUCUAAGCUUAUUCCUACAUUAAGUACAUGCAACCAGGUGAACGCUGUGGCCAGUCAGUCUCCAACACGGGGAUACUUGUGUACCAGCAGCCAGAAACAGUUUACAGUGGCAGACAAUACCUAUUGCCUGUCCUGUCCCGAGGGAACUUAUUACGAUGUAUCUCGAGGCAGCUGUACCCUCUGUCCCGUUGGUACCUACAAUGCCCUUGCUGGACAGUCGCAAUGUGCAAAUUGUUCGACAGACUGGAGCUCAGAAUUCCCUGGCAGGACAAGCAUUAACAAGUGUACUGUUUCCAAAUGUCCACGUGGAUAUUUUUCCAUUAAUGGAUUACCGCCUUGUUCUGAGUGCCCUAAGAACACCUACUCCACGACUAUAGGGACAACAAGCUGUACAUCAUGUGGGUCUGACAAACGGACAGUCAGUACUGGUACCAUAUCAGAGGAUCAAUGUAUGGAUAAAUGCCCUGUAGGCUAUUUCUCUCCAACUGGAUACCAUCCUGACUGUCGAGCAUGUCCUGCCAACUUCUACCAGGACCAGGAGGGACAAACAAUGUGUAUAGAGUGUCCAAGUAACCAGUAUACUGUAGGGGAGACUUCUGCCUCUUUCAGCGACUGUGUUCCUACUAGUAACUUGUGUUCACCGUCCCCCUGUCAGAAUGGAGGCUCCUGUGUACCUAACAACUUCCAUUCCUAUACAUGUAGCUGUACGGACAAUUUCUUUGGUUCAGACUGUAGCGUGCAAUUGUUGCGUUGUGCCUCCUUGCCAUGUUACAACAAUGGAAUAUGUUCUGAGGACCCAGCUAAUAAUUCAUACAAAUGUACCUGUCUCACAGGCUCCGGUGGAGUUAACUGUGAAGUUGACUUGCCCUCAGAGUGUACACCUAAUCCUUGUCAGAAUGGUGGAAAAUGUAAAAAUCUUAUCAACGACUAUCAAUGCCUCUGUACCACAGGAUUUUCAGGCAAAAACUGUGACGACGAGCAGAUGUUAUGUGCCAGUGGUUCAUGUGCAUCAACUGCUGUCAACUGUACAGCGUACGGAAAUGUGCGCAGGAAAUGUUACUGUCAGCCUGGCUUUACCGGAGACAGGUGUGAUAUCAAUAUCGAUGAUUGCCUUUCCAAUCCCUGCCUGAAUGGAGGAAUAUGUACCGAUUUUGUGAAUGGUUACCAGUGUACAUGUGACCAAUAUGCCUUCUCUGGGAUGAGAUGUGAAGUUCGACGGGACCUGUGUUUUGGAGUAUCGUGCGGUGGGAGUGGGAUGUGUGUACCGGACUACACCAGGAAUACCUACAUCUGUGUUUGUGAUCCUGGAUAUGCCUACGGUGAAAUUUGCCAUUUCCAAGUGUUCAAGGACAGAAAGCCGGUUGGUGUGACACCAUUCGUAACAGGAGAACAGCCGUCAAUACAGAGCUGCCAGGAUAGUUGUAUUGGGUCAUGUUUGGCAGUGGGCUAUGACAACUCCAGCGGCACCCAAAUGUGUAGCCUAUACAACCAGAACCCAAAUUUACAAUUACAGACACACCAGGGAUUCCUCUUCUACACAAAAAGUUGUCAACGUCCUGAAGAUGAUUUCUAUACCCCCUGGUUUGAUUUGAAUGAUCCAAAUGGAGGAAAUGACAAUGAAAGACUUAGUGAGUUAGAGAUGUAUGGUGUAAGAAUAUGCAAUGGCUCAGCACCACUGGAAGCAGAGUGUCGUGUGAAUGGUACAUCCAUUCUGUCCUCGGAAACAGCGGACAACUUUGAUCUUCAGUGUGGUGUCGGAGGUUUGGAGUGCCAGCAUUCAAUAGCCAAUGAAUGCAAUGAUUAUGAGGUCCGCUACAAAUGUGCUGUACAUAAAGUUUUUGAUGGGAAGAGUUGUAUGGUGAAAUCCGACUAUUGUCAGCCGAACCCCUGUAUGUACAAUGCUCAGUGCCAAUACAACUUUGGUGGAUUUACAUGUGAUUGUCCCACCGGAUUGUCAGGUUCCUUGUGUCAGCACAACCCAGACAACUGUAAAGAUAACAUGUGUAGGAAUGGGGCAACUUGUGAAGACCAAAUCAACGGCUAUACAUGUAACUGCGCCUCUGGUUUCUCAGGUCCAUUAUGCCAGAACAAUGAAAACAACUGUUUCCCGAACCCUUGCUAUAGUCCAGGCACAGACUUUGCUGGCUGCCAGGAUGGCAUCAACGAUUUUACCUGUCCAUGUAUCCCUGGAUUCACUGGUAAAAACUGCUCUACAAACAUUGAUGACUGUGCCAGUGACCCUUGUCUCCACGGUGGUAACUGUUCUGAUGCUACCAAUGGCUAUAGUUGUGCUUGUCCCCAGGGCUGGACAGGAACCAGUUGUGAAAUCAUUGUAGACCAAUGUAAUACCAUGCCAUGUCAGAAUGGUGCAUCAUGUUCACAACUCUUCAACAACUUCUUCUGCACAUGUCCUGAGGGAACCUACGGUCAUACCUGCGAGUAUAGCCCAAAUCUUUGUCAAGAUAGCAACCCCUGCCUUAACAAUGGACUGUGUAAAGUGAACGGCUCCAUGGCUACCUGUAACUGCUCAUCUAACUACCAUGGCGAUGGUUGCCAGUCUGUCGUUGAUCACUGCAGGGAUUCCGACUUCUGUAAGAAUGGCGGGAAAUGUGAAAACCUUUCACCAGGCUUUAAGUGCAGCUGUAACAAAGGAUAUGGCGGGUCGUACUGCCAGAUUAACAUUAACGAUUGUGUUGGUAAUACCUGUCCAGCCACUGCAGCCUGUCAGGAUAUGAUCGACGAACACUACUGCAGAUGUCCUUUGUUUAAAACAGGAGAAAACUGUGAAAAAGAUCUGAGCACAGACUACGACUUGUGCUUCCAUUUAUCGGAUAAAACUGGUUACGCCGCACUGCCUUACCCCGAUAAAGCUAGAAGGGGACUCUUUUUCUCUUUCGUUAUGGGUACGCUUCUCCAGAGACCAGGGUACCGGCACCUUCCUCACACUGUACUCCAUGCCAUCUGCUAACAGCUUAUCUCUCCCUGAGAAGUUCCUGGAGCUGGAUGACUCUGGAGUGACAGUCUAUGAAGUGGGACAAUCCCCGAAGAAGAGCACUUUCCUUUUUGAGAGCAU